AAGCACAUCUUUAAACACCGGCCAACGCCGGCUUCUCCUCCCAUUCCCCUCUUUCUUCGCUUUGCCUGAAGGGCGCCAUCGUCAAUUCCGGGAAGAUUCUGGUCACUGAUCUCGUAACUACAUCGCCGCCUUUUGAUCUUGGCGCGUUCGCUAUUCGGCAAUUCGAAUCAUAUAUCUUGAUAGAAAUGGUUGGUCCUAGGUCUAGGGUUUGGUAAAAAUUUUGGAAGGUAUUUUUUUCCUCGUCAACGGAGAAAAUUUGGAUCAUCCGGCUUGGAGCUCGAUUGUGGCAGUGAAGUUCAGCGUCGAACGAAGGCUGUGCGUCUCGGCUGAGGAAUUCUAGAAACGCAUGCCUUCCAGAUUCUAUUGGAUAAGAUCUCUAGAGCUCGAAUUGUAGCUAGUUUUCGCUGGAGAUACUUUCGAUGAGAUGGAAAAGGCAGGGGAAGAGCUUGGAGGCGUGGGAGGAGACAACGUCUCGCGGUCCAAGUCGGUGUGCGAAUCGGUGAAUGGUUCGCAUCGGUAUGUUAUCAAGGGGUAUUCUCUGGCGAAGGGGAUGGGGCCAGGGAAGUACAUGACAAGCGAUACUUUUACGGUGGGGGGGUACCAGUGGGCUGUAUACUUCUAUCCAGACGGGAAGAAUCUCGAGGACAAUUCGCUCUAUAUUUCGGUUUUUAUUGCGCUUGCCAGCGAGGGAACAGACGUAAGGGCAUUGUUCGAGCUCACAUUACUUGAUCAGAGCGGCAAAGGGAAUCACAAGGUGCAUAGCCACUUUGAUCGGGCGCUGGAGGGCGGCCCUUACACUCUCAAGUAUCGGGGGAGCAUGUGGGGUUACAAAAGAUUUUAUAGAAGAACAUCCUUGGAGGCAUCAGAUUAUCUUAAAGAUGAUUGUCUGAUCAUGCAAUGCACCGUCGGGGUUGUCAGGAACCAGCUUGUUACGGUGAAGCAGCUCACAAUUCCUGUUCCACCAUCAGAUAUGGGAUAUUCUCUUAAGGCGCUACUUCUAUCUGGCCUUGGCUCAGAUAUCAUUUUUGAAGUUGGUGAUGAAACAUUUAAAGCUCACAAACUUAUUCUUGCUGCUCGUUCUCCAGUGUUUAAAGCACAUUUUUUUGGGCUAAUUGGGAAUCCAAAUGUAGAGAAGAUUUUAAUUGAGGAUGUAGAACCUCCCGUUUUCAAGGCCAUGCUUAUCUUUAUGUAUUCGGAUGAGCUCCCUGAUGUUGUUGAACUGAGUGGCUCAAUUUCAAUGUGUUCUACAAAUAUGGUUCAACAUCUAUUGGCAGCGGCUGACAGAUAUGGACUUGAGCGGCUAAAGCUAUUAUGUGAAGCAAAAUUAUGUGAAAAAAUUAAUGCUGAUACUGUUGCUUCUACAAUGGCCCUAGCAGAGCACCAUCAUUGUGCACACUUGAAGUCUGUCUGUCUGAAAUUUACCGCAGUUAGAGAAAAUUUGGAAGCUGUGCUGCAGAGUAGAGGAUUUGAGCAUUUGGAGCAAUCGUGCCCAUCGCUGUUAUCUGACCUUUUAGCAACUGUAGCUGUGGUAGAAGAGGACUCGAGACCUGCAAGCAGGAAACGCAGCGCUAGCACUGAUAUCGGACUUAAUAUAACCGACGGCGUAGAUUCAAGCGGGAGGCAAACUCGGAGACGGCUUUAGUUUGUGAUUAUAUAUACAAGUCCAAGUCAGGUCUCUAGCUGUCCUUUCUUGCUGCUUUCUUCAUGAGGAUUUGUCUAAUCAUCCUGAUGGAAUAUACUUUUUUUUGGGGAAAGCGGCUUAUUUGAUAUUAUUAAAUUCUAUUGGUUAUAUGGAUAACCAUCUCUGUAGGUAACCAGAAAAAGAAAAAAAAUAUAUACAAAAGUUUUCCCGUUUAGUUUAUUUACUUACUGGUUACUGUUAGGGAAAGUGGAUAUAUUUGGUAACUAGUUUGAACUCUUCGCUUUUGUUUCAGUUUCUUCUUCUUGUAAUUUCACUGAUUGAUGGCAUCAAUGAUAAGCAGCGUU